AUGGAAGGAGAAUUUGAAAUGAGCAUGGUAGGAGAAUUAAACUACUUCCUUGGUCUACAAAUCAAACAACAAGACAAUGGAAUCUUUAUAUCACAAAGCAAAUAUGCCAAAAAUCUCGUUAAAAGAUUCGGUCAAGAAGAAAGCAAAAUUGUCAGAACACCUGUUCCAACAACAGAAAGGAUAUCAAAAGAUUCAGAAGGAAAACCAGUUGAACAAACUCUAUAUCGAAACAUGAUAGGAGGAUUGUUAUACUUAACUGCAAGCAGACCAGAUCUAAGCUUUGCAGUAGGAAUUUGUGCAAGAUACCAAGCCAACCCAACUGAGUAA